UACUUGAAUCCUCUUUACCUUCUGCUCCUUUCUCCUUCAUCCCCCCGACGUGCUAGCCCUCACGUCCAUAUCUUCUUGAAUUAGCGAAACCAUCCAAAACUUUCAUCAUGUCUGCGAUAGAAUCAAUCUAUUGGGACACACCUCUAGAUGUGGAUCCAGCCUGCAAGCAGCUUUUUGAUGAUUUUUAUGGCUAUUCUCCAACCAUGUGUCCGGUAUCAACUUCCAAGAACUUGAUUACCGACUUCCGUAUUUUCGAGAAGAAAUCCCUGAGUCCUAAGUGCAUGUUGGGUGGUUGUGACAGAUCGUUCACGCCGAAUAAACUUCGAGAAGAGAGAAGGAGAAAUCAUCGGAAUCAUCAGACAUGCUCAGGUAUCUCCAAGGGUAUCAUCACGUCCAUCGGUUUUGAAGAAUGCAAGCGAAAGAAAUACAAACAUCUCCGGGAAGCUCAUGAUUCGAUUUAAGCCCUUUGAUUCAUAUUCUCAGAUUUGUUUGGUGUACAAAGGUUGUAACUCUAGCGUGUGAGGAUACUUGAUUUGACAUGUAUAUUUAUGGUUCACUUUGAAUAAAGUCGUUGAAUCC